AUGUUGAGGAGAGAGGGGAGAAACGUUACUUAUAGUGAAGGUAGAGAUAAACUUUCCUGUAAUUGCAAGUGUAACUGCAUAGAAACCUAAACAUUAUUAUUUGCCUCUCAGCUUCCUAUCAAAUCUCAACAUUUCAAACAGAAUCCUAAGAAAAUUAACAACAAUGACAAAUGUGUUUGAUGAAGAAUGCAAAAACUAAGAAAGAAAUUGAGAACCUGUCUAACCAAAAACAUAGAGACCCAGAAAACCUGAGGCCUUCACUAUGGUGAAUCACUAAACAAUACAGAAAUACACUACAGACAAAGAGGGAACAGCAUGUCAGAAAUCAGCUCAAUGUAUGAAGAAUACCAUAGACUCUAACCACGUCUGGAAAAUUGGAAAACACUAGAAGAAACAACAACACGAAGAGUAUCUAUCCAAACGGAGAUGUAUGGGGUAACCACUUCUCCAGUCUUGUUGGCCUUAUAACAAAGACAAACAGCAAAAACAUAUACAUGAUCAAAUACAAAUCUUAGAAUCAACUAUUAAAGACUACCAGAACCCACUGGAUUCUCCAGUUACAUUAAAUGAACUACAGGACAAAAUACAAACCCUCCAACCCAAAAAGGUAUGUGGUGUUGAUGGUAUCCUAAAAUAUACAGACCACAAAUUCCAAUUGGCUAUACUUAAACUCUUUAACAUCAUCCUUAGCUCUGGCAUCUUCCCCAAUAUUUGGAACUAAGGACUGAUCACCCCAAUCCACAAAAGUGGAGACAAAUUUGACCCCAAUAACUACUGUGGGAUAUGCAUCAACAGCAACCUUGGGGAAAUCCUCUGCAUUAUCAUUAACAGCAGACUAGUUCAUUUCUCAGUGAAAACAAUGUACUGAGCAAAUGUCAAAUGGGCUUUUUACCAAAUUACCGUACGACAGACCCCUGCACACCCUAAUUGACAAACAAACAAACCAAAACAAAGGCAAAGUCUUCUCAUGCUUUGUUGAUUUCAAAGAAGCUUUUGACUCAAUUUGGCAUGAGGGUCUGCUAUACAAAUUGAUGGAAAGUGGUGUUGGGGGAAAAACAUACAACAUUAUAAAAUCUAUGUACACAAACAGUGUGCGGUUAAAAUUGGCAAAAAACAGACACAUUUCUUUCCACAGGGCCGUGGUGUGAGACAGGGAUGUAGCUUAACCCUCUUCAACAUAUAUAUCAGUGAAUUGGCGAGGGCACUAGAACAGUCUGCAGCACCCGGCCUCACCCUACUAGAAUCUGAAGUCAAAUGUCUACUGUUUGCUGAUGAUCUGGUGCUUCUGUCACCAACCAAUAAGGGCCUACAGCAGCACCUAGAUAUUCUGCACAUAUUCUGUCAGACCUGGGCACUGACAGUAAAUCUCAGUAAGACAAAAAUAAUGGUGUUCCAAAAAAGGUCCAGUUGCCAGGACCACAAAUACAAAUUCCAUCUAGACACCAUUGCCCUAGAGCACACAAAAAACUAUACAUACAGUGGGGGAAAAAAGUAUUUAGUCAGCCACCAAUUAUGCAGGUUCUCCCACUUAAAAAUAUGAGAGAGGCCUGUAAUUUUCAUCAUAGGUACACGUCAACUAUGACAGACAAAUUGAGGAAAAAAAAUCCAGAAAAUCACAUUGUAGGAUUUUUAAUGAAUUUAUUUGCAAAUUGUGGUGGAAAAUAAGUAUUUGGUCACCUACAAACAAGCAAGAUUUCUGGCUCUCACAGACCUGUAACUUCUUCUUUAAGAGGCUCCUCUGUCCUCCACUCGUUACCUGUAUUAAUGGCACCUGUUUGAACUUGUUAUCAGUAUAAAAGACACCUGUCCACAACCUCAAACAGUCACACUCCAAACUCCACUAUGGCCAAGACCAAAGAGCUGUCAAAGGACACCAGAAACAAAAUUGUAGACCUGCACCAGGCUGGGAAGACUGAAUCUGCAAUAGGUAAGCAGCUUGGUUUGAAGAAAUCAACUGUGAGAGCAAUUAUUAGGAAAUGGAAGACAUACAAGACCACUGAUAAUCUCCCUCGAUCUGGGGCUCCACGCAAGAUCUCAUCCCAUGGGGUCAAAAUGAUCACAAGAACGGUGAGCAAAAAUCCCAGAACCACACGGGGGGACCUAGUGAAUGACCUGCAGAGAGCUGGGACCAAAGUAACAAAGCCUACCAUCAGUAACACACUACGACGUCAGGGACUCAAAUCCUGCAGUGCCAGACGUGUCCCCCUGCUUAAGCCAGUACAUGUCCAGGCCCGUCUGAAGUUUGCUAGAGUGCAUUUGGAUGAUCCAAAAGAGGAUUGGGAGAAUGUCAUAUGGUCAGAUGAAACCAACAUUGAACUUUUUGGUAAAAACUCAACUCGCCUUUUUGGAGGACAAAGAAUGCUGAGUUGCAUCCAAAGAACACCAUACCUACUGUGAAGCAUGGGGGUGGAAACAUCAUGCUUUGGGGCUGUUUUUCUGCAAAGGGACCAGGACGACUGAUCCGUGUAAAGGAAAGAAUGAAUGGGGCCAUGUAUCGUGAGAUUUUGAGUGAAAACCUCCUUCCAUCAGCAAGGGCAUUGAAGAUGAAACGUGGCUGGGUCUUUCAGCAUGACAAUGAUCCCAAACACACCGCCCGGGCAACGAAGGAGUGGCUUCGUAAGAAGCAUUUCAAGGUCCUGGAGUGGCCUAGCCAGUCUCCAGAUCUCAACCCCAUAGAAAAUCUUUGGAGUGAGUUGAAAGUCUGUGUUGCCCAGCGACAGCCCCAAAACAUCACUGCUCUAGAGGAGAUCUGCAUGGAGGAAUGGGCCAAAAUACCAGCAACAGUGUGUGAAAACCUUGUGAAGACUUACAGAAAACGUUUGACCUGUGUCAUUGCCAACAAAGGGUAUAUAACAAAGUAUUGAGAAACUUUUGUUAUUGACCAAAUACUUAUUUUCCACCAUAAUUUGCAAAUAAAUUCAUUAAAAAUCCUACAAUGUGAUUUUCUGGAAUUUUUGUCUGUCAUAGUUGACGUGUACCUAUGAUGAAAAUUACAGGCCUCUCUCAUCUUUGUAAGUGGGAGAACUGGCACAAUUGUUGGCUGACUAAAUACUUUUUUCCCCCACUGUACCUCUGCCUUAACAUCAGCACCACAGGUAACUUCCACAAAGCUGUGAACGAUCUGAGAGACAAGGCAAGAAGGGCCUUCUAUGACAUCAAAAGGAACAUAAAAUUCGACAUUCCAAUUAGGAUCUGGGAAAAAAUACUUGAAUCAGUUAUAGAACCCAUUACCCGUUAUGGUUGUGAACCAAUAAUUCACAAAAUGGGACAAACACCAAAUUGAGACUCUGCAUGCAGAAUUCUGCAAAAAUAUCCUCAGUGUACAACAAAAAACACCAAAUAAUGCACGCAGAGCAGAAUUAGGCCGAUACCCGCUAAUUAUCAAUAUCCAGAAAAGAGCCGUUAAAUUCUACAACCACCUAAAAGGAAGCAAUUCCCAAACCUUCCAUAACAAAGCCAUCACCUACACAGAGACGAACCUGGAGAAGAGUCCCCUAUGCAAGCUGGUCCUGGGGCUCUGUUCACAAACACAAACAGACCCUACAUAGCCCCAGGACAGCAACACAAUUAGACACAACCAAAUCAUGAGAAAACAAAAAGAUAACAAAAAUACAUAGCAAACUAGAAUGCUAUUUGGCCCUAAACAGAGAGUACACAGUGACAGAAUACCUGACCACUGUGACUGACCCAAACUUAAGGAAAACUUUGACUAUGUACAGACUCAGUGAGCAUAGCUUUGCUAUUGAGAAAGGCCGCCGGAGGCAGACCUGGCUCUCAAGAGAAGACAGGCUAUGUGCACACUGCCCACAAAAUGACGUGGAAACUGAGCUGCACUUCCUAACCUCCUGCCAAAUGUCUGACCAUAUUAGAGACAUAUUUCCCUCAGAUUACACAGACUCACAAAGAAUUCGAAAAACAAACCCAAUUUUGACAAACUCCCAUAUCUAUUGGGUGAAAUACCACAGUGUGCCAUCACAGCUUAAAUAUUUGUGACCUGUUGCCACAAGAAAAGGACAACCAGUGAAGAACAAACACCAUUGUAAAUACAACCCAUAUUUAUGUUUAUUUAUUUUCCCUUUUGUACUUUAACUAUUAGCAUAUAAUAUGACAUUUGAAAUGACUUUAUUAUUUUGGAACUGCAAUGUUACUGUUACAUUUUUAUAGUUUAUUCAUUUUGUUUUUUUCUAUUUCCACUUGCUUGCAUGUUAACAUAUUGUUCCCAUGCCAAUUAAAGCCCUUAAAUUGACUUCAAUUUGCGAUAAGAGAUCAGAGAACAGGAUAUCAGAAGCGAGGAGAGAUGAGAAUAGCUAGACUACUAUAAGCAAGAGCAGUAGACAGAGGAGAGAGCGAGAAGAGAGAGAUAGAAAAGAGAGACAGAGAGAGAAGAGAGACAAGAGAGAGAGAGAGAAAGAGAAUAGAGACAGAGCAGAGAGUAGAGAGACAGAGGAGAAGAGGAAGAGAGAGAGAGAUAAAAGAGACUAGAGACAAGAAGAGAAUAGAGAUGAGAGAAGAGAAAGAGUAGACAGAUGAGAGAGAAUAGAAGAUGAGGAGAGACGAGAGGAGAGUAGAGAAGAGAGAGAGAGAGAGAAGAGAGAGGAUGAGAGAGAGAUGGUCGAGAUCGAGAGAGAGAGAGAGAUAUAGAUAAGCAUGAGAGAGGACAGGAGAGCAUAGGGAGAGAAGACAAAGAAGAGACUAGAGAGAGCAAAUGAUAGAGAUAGAGGAAGAGAUAGAAGAGAGACAGAGAGAGAUAGAAGAUAUGUGUAAGAGAGACAUAGAAGAAUAAGAAAGAGAGAGAGAGAGAGAGAGAUGAGAGAAAAGAAGGACUAGCAAGGGAAGAAAGACAGACACCAAGAGAAAAGAUAUAGAAAACAGAAAGAGAGGAAGAGAAGGUGGUUUUGCGAGAAGAGAAGGGGGGAGGAAAAAUGUAGGGGGCAGGGUGGGUAGAAGAGAGGGGGGGGGGGAGAAAUUUUGGGGGGGAGAAGGUGGGAGGAGGGGGGUUUGGGGAGGGGGAGAAGGGGGUGAGGAAGAAAGGGGGGUGAGGAGAGAAGUUAGGGUUUGGGGGGGUGGGGGAAGGGGAAGGAAAGGGGGGGUGAGGGGGGGAAAAACCCGUGGGUGAGGAGAGUGCAGGGUGGGUGAGGGAGGGAGAGCAGGGUGGGUGAGGGAGAGCAACGUGGGUGAGGGAGAGCAGGGUGGGUGGUCUCUGUUGAAAUUGUAUGGAUGUGGGCCUUGCCCCAUCAAAGGCCAGUCUAUACACAUAAACGGUACAUAACAAUAUGUGGGUAUAGCAGUCGACAGAAAGAUGGAGAUUGCAGAUGUGCAUGCGUCAGAUCCGUUAUGCUGAUAAAUUGGAGAAAAAUGUAUUGCUUUUGGUAGGAGUCAAUGCACCAUGCUAUCAAUGUUUGUGUUUGCUACUCUUGAUCGGGCUAUGAUUAUUUCAACACUGGGAAAGUACAUAAAAAGUGCCAAAGGGACUAAUUCAUCUAAUUUAAUCUCCUUAAUUGCAGCCAUUAGAUGUAACUCUUUAUCACACACACACGCACACAAACACACAAACACACACACUCCGACAUAUCCCCCAAACUAGAAAAUGUAAGUUGCCGUUAGAGGCUAGCUGUUGGCUGAUUGACGUGACCAGCUAACCCUAGAAGCUAUCCUCUUGGUGCAUGUGGCCAGGGUCUGAUUCAAAUCAACAUAUGGCCUAUAAUGGAGCCAGUCACAUCUCAUUACAUGGAAAAUUACAGAAACGUGAACCCAAAUCUUGUUCGGACCUGAAAAAGGGGCGGACUGGGACCAGAAAUCGGCAUUUUGAACACAACGGCCCAGUGUUUUCCUUUAGGCCCGCAUUAUAAGCCAAGUUAGACAGGCCCACCGGGCUAAAAAUGGACCAGCCCAUAUGGCAUUUGCCUGAAAUGCCAGAUGGCCAGUCCGGCCCUGACCUGAAAAGCUCAGGGAGUGAAUCAUUUCCAUUGGCUAUUAGUUGUUCUGUAUGUCACCCCCAAUUUGUGAUGGAUGAGGUUGACAAUCGUCUUCCAAGCAUAUAUUUUUGUGUUUCUGUUUCGUAUAAUAAACAGUACUCGGUGGAUCGUUGAUGUUACGUUUGAGAUCUAAAUUAGCUACUACAGAUCCGAACUGUGUUUAUCUGAUUGAAAUAGUGAUAACCGGGAGUGUUCUUGUUUUCUUGGUUCUAGCUGUGCUUGUGUCAGGGAGCGAGCUCUGGGAGGUACCCACAGCCCCCUUAGGAUUUUCAUCCAACCAUACAACCAGCCUGGAAUGGGAGCCACAGUGUCAGUAUCGCCACCUGCAGGACGGCGUCAGAAUCACAGCCGACAUUCCCCCAAAACUGGAGGGCAACUGGGUGUCAACCAGGCAAGUUCUCUGCAUUGUCCAAAGAAAGGCUCUGAAUAGUCACUUUUUUCUAAUAUAUCAGCUUCAGCCAGUGUUGGGGAAGCUACUCUGAAAAUAUAGUUUACCAAGCUACCAAUUACUUCACACUGGAAGAAGUUAAGCUAAACUAAAGUUACUUUGAAAAAUGAGUUCACUAUAAACUACUUUGUGAAAAAUUAUAAUAUCUACAUUUGAAAUGUCAUAGACUUACGGGAGUCCAGAGAGGACAUGAAUAAAAAAAGAUUUACCGCGUUAUGUCGACAUCACAACUUAUUUAUCUCAUGUUCUCGACAUAACAAAAAUUGUUUUGUCGAGAUCACGAGAUAAACUCUAUAAAUAGGAGUGGAAGUAUUAAAGAUAGAUUGACAGUAUGGCAGAGGUGGCAGAGCCCACGGUGGAUCAGUGCAUACGUUUUUAUUGAUUACUACACUAAGGGAUGUUACAUUUCAUGCUAACAUCAUGCUUUAAUUUGUGUUUGGAGUUCAUUAUCAGUUUAUAAGUUAGAAUGUUAGCAUGGUAAAUGUCCCUUACCUUGAGCUAAGAGUUGGUGGGGGGAACUAAGCCCUCGUGGAGCAUUUAAGCCCUGGACUAUGCCUGACAGGCAACCCUGUCUCCCAACAUGUGUGCCACCCACAAGACCACAGCCAAUCGCAUGCAAGCAACAACGCAGCUAACUUGGCUAGUCUUGUGAGCGAGCGAGCUAGAUAGUUAGCUAGGUAGUCUUGUUAGCUAGAUAGCUAGCUAGCUAGCUUGUUAUCUAUGCUUGUUGUUAGCAGUGGUGGAAAAAGUACCCAGUUGUCAUACUUGAGUAAAAGUAAAGAUACCUUAAUAGAAAAUGACUCAAGUAAAAGUGAAAGUCACCCAGAAAAAUACUACUUGAGCAAAUGUCUAAAAGUAUUUGGUUUUAAAUAUACUUAAGUAUCAAAAGUAAAUGUAACUGCUAAAAUAUACUUAAGUAUCAAAAGCAAAAGUAUAAAUCAUUUCACACUCCUUAUAUUAAGCAAACCAGACGUCACAAUUUUCACCCACUCUGAACUAUAUGCAUCAGCCUAUAAAGCACUGACCGCUAAUCAAUCAAUCACAUUUAUUUAUAAAGCCAUUUUUACAUCAGCAGUCACAAAGUGCUUAUACAGAAACUAAGCCUAAAACCCCAGAGAGCAAUCAAUGCAGACGUAGAAGCACCGUGGCAAAGAAAAACUCCCUAGAAAGGCUGGAACCUAGGAAGAAACCUAGAGAGGAACCAGGCUCUGAGGGGUGACUAGUCCUCUUCUGGCUGUGCCGGUGGGAGAUUAUAAGAGUACAUGGCCAUUAAGGCCAGAUCGUUCUUAAAGAUGUUCAAACGUUCAUAGAUGACCAGCAGGGUCAAAUAAUAAUCACAGUGGUUAUAGAGCGUGCAACAGGUCAGCACCUCAGGAGUAAAUGUCAGUUUGCUUUUCAUAGCCAAGCAUUCAGAGGGAGAGAGAGAGAGAGAGGGGGGGGGGGGGGGGGGGGGGGGGGGGUCAUAACAGCAAGUCCGGGACAAGGUAGCACGACCGGUGAACAGGUCAGGGUUCCAUAGCCGCAGUCUGAACAGCAGAAGAGCUUUACCUAUGAAACAGCCUACAAGGUAUCAUCCGGACAUCAGCCUCUGAGUCUGCCAUUGAAUCUGAUCAGCCUGUUGGGAAUGGAGCUCACCCACUCUGUACAUUUAAAUAUUAUCCAUAAAACAUGAAGGGUGCCUUAUAAUUGCAUACAUCAGUUAUGCAAGCUAAUAACCAGCAUAGAUAACAAGCUAGCUUGCUAGUUAGCUAGUUAACAAGAUUACCUAGCUAACCUGCUAGCUCACAAGACUAGCCAAGUUAGCUGCGUUGUUCCUUGCAUGCGAUUGGCUGUGGUCUUGGGGGCGACACACAGCCUGGGAGACAGGACUGCCUGUCAGGCAUCAAUCAGGGCUUAAAUGCCCCACGAGCCCAUUGCGAUCAAAGCAGCCACAGGGCUCCUUGAUGAGGUGGUUAUCAUGCAACUGAACAAAUAAAUUGAUAAUGCGUGGUACUUUUGAUUAUCUCUUGAUCUCAACAAAACAACUUUUGUUACGUCGUGAUGAGAAAAUUAUCUUGUGAUCUCGACAAAACAACUUUUGUUAUGUCGUGAUCACUAGAAAAUUAUCUUGUGACCUCGACAAAACAACUUUUGUUAUGUCGUGAUCACCAGAAAAUGAUCUUGUGACCUCGACAAAACAACUCAUGAGAUAGAUAAGUCGUGAUCUCGACAUAACGAGGGAACAAUGUUUUUUUAUUCAAAUGUCCUCUCUGGACUUCCGUAUAGACUACAAAUUGCAAGAACACAUCACUCUGGAGUCAGAUGUUAUUAACAGAAUGUGUAGUUAGGCCUAUUAAACACAAAAACGUUUCAAGCGAGAAUUAGGAAGGUCUGAUGCUGAGAAAGAAAGGAAAUUCUUACCUACUUCACCCAUAUUUUAUUUUUGUAAAAAACUAAAUAAUGUGUAGUUCCAGUAGUUAGCAACAUCGCUACAUGGCGAAAAAGUCAUUAACUACCGGAGACACUACGAAGAGUUGAAUUUAGUUAAACUACCACCAAGCUACUGCAAAAUGUAGUUACAUUACUAGUUGAACUACACGUAGUUCACUACUCCCGAACACUGGCUUCAGGUCAUGUAACAUGUCCGGGGCAACCAAAUGUAAUGAUAAAUAGGGAAGCUCUUCUAUAUGCCUUCUUUGGCUUUGUGAAGGUGCUGCUCGGUGUUGGUGUCCUCCCAGGUGAUUAAGACAUCAUUGUUUGCGCAACAAUUCCAUAUCGUGAAUUGAUAUAUCAAUGAACCAAUCAUAUAUCCAUCCAUCCAUAAUUGUAGUAAUUCAUUAAUCCAUCCAUCCAUCCAUCCAUCCAUCCAUCCAUCCAUCAUUUCAUUCAUCCCAUCGUUUCAUUCAAUAAUUUCAUUUCAACCAUCUGUCUUCAAUCUCUUCAUCCCCUGUAGAUGUGAAGUUCGGCCUGGCCCUGAGUUCCUGACCCGUUCCUACACCUUCUACCCGAGCCGCCUGUUCAAGGCCCUGCAGCACUAUUACACUGACAGCGGGUGCGAGGAGCCCACCUACUCUCUGGUGGUCCGGGGCAAGCUCCGUCUGCGCCAGGCGUCCUGGAUCACCCGGGGUGCCACCGAGACGGAGCACCACCUCCACAAAGUGGGCAUCGUCAUCCACAGCCAAGGCGCCAUGCACCGGCCGGCCGCCCGUCUACCCCAUGUGUGUGUGGGCCUCACCCUGGGCGGCAUGGUGCCCGGGCGCCUCUACGAGCUGUACAACGCCCAGGCAGGGAGGGACUGUCUGGGUGCCCUGGGGUUCUCAAUGAUGGAACUGGGCUUGGUGAGAGUGGAGACCCAGCAUCAGCCCCAUGGAGGUCAGGUUCAGGAGCUCUUCCUUGGGGACGUGCACACGGAUUGGACAAAGAGGACGUACUAUCGACCAGCGGGUUACCAGCAACCACUGCAGAAUGCUAUGGUGACAAUAUGAACACUCCAUUAAGAUAGUGUACAGUUUACUCCAAUUAGGGGAGCGGUGGUAGGGUUAGGGGGAAAUAAUUAAGGAAAAUAUAUGUAAAUAAUAUAUGUAUAUGUACAGUAUACUCAUUCAAGUGUUUUUCUAUAUUUAUAUAAAAAAAAGUGUACCUUGUAGAAUAAUAGUGAAGACAUCAAAACAAUGAAAUAACAAAUAUGGAAUCAUGUAGUAACCAAAAAAGUGUUAAACAAAUCAAAAUAUAUUUUAUAUUAGAGAUUCUUUAAAUAGCCACCCUUUGCCUUGAUGACAGCUUUGCACACUCUUGGCAUUCUCUCAACCAGCUUCAUGAGGUAGUCAAGGUGUGUGUGUGUGUGUGUGGGGGGGGGGGGGGGGGGGGGGGGGGGGGGAUAGAAGAUAGAAGAUAGCCCUAUUUGGUAUAAGACCAAGACCAUAUUAUGGCAAGAACAGCUCAAAUAAGCAAAGAGAAACGACAGUCCAUCAUUACUUUAAGACAUGAAGCUUAGUCAAUACGGAACAUUUCAAGAACUUUGAAAGUUUCUUCAAGUGCAGUCGCAAAAACCAUGAAGCGCUAUGAUGGAACUGGCUCUCAUGAGGACCGCCACAGGAAUGGAAGACCCAGAGUUACCUCUGCUGCAGAGGUUAAGUUCAUUAGAGUUACCAGCCUCAGAAAUUGCAGCCCAAAUAAAUGCUUCACAGAGUUCAAGUAACAGACACAUCUCAACAUCAACUGUUCAGAGGGGACAGUGUGAAUCAGGCCUUCAUAGUCGAAUUGCUGCAAAUAAACCACUACUGAAGCACACCAAUAAGAAGAAGAGACCUGCUUGGGCCAAGUAACAUGAGCAAUGGACAUCAGAACGGUGGAAAUGUGUCCUUUGGUCUGGAGUCCAAAUUUGAGAUUUUUGGUUCAAACCGCUGUGUCUUUGUGAUACGCAGUGUGGGUGAACAGAUGAUCUCUGCAUGUGUAGUUCCCACUGUAAAGCAUGGAGGAGGAGGUGUUAUGCUGUGGGGGUGCUUUGCUGGUGACACUGUCUGUGAUUUAUUUAGAAUUCAAGGCACACUUAACCAGAAUGCCUACCACAGCAUUCUACAGCGAUACGCCAUUCUAUCUGGUUUGGGCUUAGUGGGACUAUCAUUUGUUUUUCAACAGGACAAUGACCCAACACACCUCCAGGCUGUGUAAGGGCAAUUUUACCAAGAAGGAUAGUGAUGGAGAUGACCUGGCCUCCACAAUCCCCCGACCUCAACCCAAUUGAGAUGGUUUCGGAUGAGUUGGAAGGCAGAGUGAAGGAAAAGCAGCCAACAAGUGCUCAGCAUAUGUGGGAACUCCUUCAAUACUGUUGGAAAAGCAUACCAGGUGAAGCUGGUUGAGAGAAUGCCAAGAGUGUGCAAAGCUGUCAUCAAGGCAAAGGGUGGCUAUUUGAAGAAUCUCAAAUAUAAAAUAUAUUUUGAUUUGUUUAACACUUGUUUGGUUACUACAUGAUUCCAUAUGUGUUAUUUCAUAGUUUUGAUGUCUUCACUAUUAUUCUACAAUGUAGAAAAUAGUAAAUAUUAAGAAAAACCCUUGAAUGAGUAGGUGUGUCCAAACUUUUGACUGGUACUGUAUAUAUAUUUACCAAAAAAUAUAUGGGGAAUUGGAAAUGAUGCAGACAAUUACAUUGAUGGAAGCUACAAUCUAUCUGCAAUAUUAAAGCUGAUCUACCCCCUAAAAUAUAUAUACAGUGGGGAGAACAAGUAUUUGAUACACUGCCGAUUUUGCAGGUUUUCCUACUUACAAAGCAUGUAGAGAGGUCUGUAAUUUUUAUCAUAGGUACACUUCAACUGUGAGAGACGGAAUCUAAAACAAAAAUCCAGAAAAUCACAUUGUAUGAUUUUUAAGUGUUUAUUUUGCAUUUUAUUGCAUGACAUAAGUAUUUGAUACAUCAGAAAAGCAGAACUUAAUAUUUGGUACAGAAACCUUUGUUUGCAAUUACAGAGAUCAUACGUUUCCUGUAGGUCUUGACCAGGUUUGCACACACUGCAGCAGGGAUUUUGGCCCACUCCUCCAUACAGAUCUUCUCCAGAUCCUUCAGGUUUCGGGGCUGUCGCUGGGAAAUACGGACUUUCAGCUCCCUCCAAAGAUUUUCUAUUGGGUUCAGGUCUGGAGACUGGCUAGGCCACUCCAGGACCUUGAGAUGCUUCUUACGGAGCCACUCCUUAGUUGCCCUGGCUGUGUGUUUCGGGUCGUUGUCAUGCUGGAAGACCCAGCCAUGACCCAUCUUCAAUGCUCUUACUGAGGGAAGGAGGUUGUUGGCCAAGAUCUCGCGAUACAUGGCCCCAUCCAUCCUCCCCUCAAUACGGUGCAGUCGUCCUGUCCCCUUUGCAGAAAAGCAUCCCCAAAUAAUGAUUUUUCCACCUCCAUGCUUCACGGUUGGGAUGGUGUUCUUGGGGUUGUACUCAUCCUUCUUCUUCCUCCAAACACGGCAGGGUGGAGUUUAGACCAAAAAGCUAUAUUUUUGUCUCAUCAGACCACAUGACCUUCUCCCAUUCCUCCUCUGGAUCAUCCAGAUGGUCAUUGGCAAACUUCAGAUGGGCCUGGACAUGCGCUGGCUUGAGCAGGGGGACCUUGCGUGCGCUGCAGGAUUUUAAUCCAUGACGGCGUAGUGUGUUACUAAUGGUUUUCUUUGAGACUGUGGUCCCAGCUCUCUUCAGGUCAUUGACCAGGUCCUGCCGUGUAGUUCUGGGCUGAUCCCUCACCUUCCUCAUGAUCAUUGAUGCCCCACGAGGUGAGAUCUUGCAUGGAGCCCCAGACCGAGGGUGAUUGACCGUCAUCUUGAACUUCUUCCAUUUUCUAAUAAUUGCGCCAACAGUUGUUGCCUUCUCACCAAGCUGCUUGCCUAUUGUCCUGUAGCCCAUCCCAGCCUUGUGCAGGUCUACAAUUUUAACCCUGAUGUCCUUACACAGCGCUCUGGUCUUGGCCAUUGUGGAGAGGUUGGAGUCUGUUUGAUUGAGUGUGUGGACAGGUGUCUUUUAUACAGGUAACGAGUUCAAACAGGUGCAGUUAAUACAGGUAAUGAGUGGAGAACAGGAGGGCUGCUUAAAGAAAAACUAACAGGUCUGUGAGAGCCGGAAUUCUUACUGGUUGGUAGGUGAUCAAAUACUUAUGUCAUGCAAUAAAAUGCAAAUUAAUUACUUAAAAAUCAUACAAUGUGAUUUUCUGGAUUUUUGUUCUCUCACAGUUGAAGGGUACCUAUGAUAAAAAUUACAGACCUCUAUAUGCUUUGUAAGUAGGAAAACCUGCAAAAUCGGCAGUGUAUCAAAUACUUGUUCUCCCCACUGUAUAUAUCUUGUACAUGCAGAUCAAGGCAGGGAUUUUAAUGAAAUGGUAUCUCAGGACAUUAUAAAGAAAUGUAGUCAUUCUCUCUCUAUCUUUAUCUGAUGUUGAAUGCCUUCCAUGGUGAUAAACUAACUAACUCAAGCAUAAAACUGUGUCCCAAUAUCCGAGCAUACUAUUUAGCAUGUCUGGUCAAUACAAGGCUUCAUACUAUUUAGCAUGUCUGGUCAAUACAUGGCUUCAUAUUAAGUAGCGUGCCAUUUUGGAUGACAGUUAUAUAGUAUAACCCUAACCAUUACCUUAACAUAUUUAUUUCCUCCAGCACCACAUCCACCCCUGCCCGGCGUGCGCCCUGGUGUUCCGGGCUUCGGAACAACGCCCCCCAGUGUUUCCCCGUGUCCCUGCAUCGACCCCUCCAUCUCUGGACGGCCGCUGGGUGAGCCAACGCUGCGAAGCCCGGCCCGCCGUCCUCUUCCUCACCCGAGACUUCACCUUCCGCCCAGAUGAGCACUCCUGGGAAGGCUUCUACCGCCACUACUCGGACCCCUCCUGCAGCCAGCCCACCUUCACCCUGCAGGCCUCGGGCCACUACGCUCAGGGAGACCCCUCGGCCAAGGUGGCGGGAGGCACCGAGUUCAUCUUCAAGGUGACCUGGGUCAGUGUCACCAUCCUGGAGGGGGCCACGGCCAGGGUGCUCAACGAGACCCGGCGGGGAAGCUGCGGGAAGGCGGGGGGCUGGGAGGUGGGGGUGGAGCAAGACGUGACCCCCACGGAUGGGUGUACCAUCCUGGGGAUCAAGCUGCCGCACAAGGAGUACGAGCUGUUCAAGACGGAGAUGGACCAUCGACGGCGCCCUCUGCUGUUCAUCGGUGAGAGGCCGACGGAUGGCUCCAGCCCUGACCGGCCCCAGAAGAGGCCCACAUCUUACCAGGCCCCCAUGGUGCAUUGUGGCGAGGAGGACGCCCCCACGUCGUAUCACCACACCAACCAGCUCAAGCUAGCAGCUAGUGGAGCCAAGAACCUGCCAUGGCAACCAAGCUUUGUCCUAGUCCUGGUCUCUUUAGUGUGGGUUUGA